UGAGCUCAAAUUCGUCUGGAGAGUUAAACUGCCAAACAAACGAUGGCGGACUACUCAACACAAGCAACGACCGUGGGGAGAUUUCUCGCCAUAGCACACCUUUUUCUUGGCUUUGUCCUCGUCUGUUUUGGUAUCGCAGAUUAUGUUACUGUUGAAUUUUAUACUGGCUAUUUCUGUUUUGGAAUUUGGAUCGGUAUUUGGGUGGGCGUCACAGGAAUUUUGGGUGUUGUUGGGACUUGCAAGGAGCGAACUACCUCUCGGAAUAUAUUUAGCGCUAUCUUCAUGGGCUUUUCCAUUACCUCAGCUGUGCUUGGUGGGAUAAUCAUCAUUGUGUACAGCCUUACAAUUUCCUUGGAUUCAGAUGACAGUGAAAACUAUUCUGACAAACCAGGCGACUCAGGAUAUGAAGGGGAAAUGGCAAUCUCUGGCAUCAUUCUGUUCCUUGGGAUUUUGGAGUUGCUCAUGGGAAUCUGCGCAGCCACCUGUUGCUGCCUCAUGAAAGUGUGCAGAUGUUGCGGACAUAUGAUGCAAUCAGCCAUGACUCAUGGUCAUCAUGGUCCAGUGGCGGCUCCAAUGCAAACACCCGGUGGUCUAGUCGCAGUGGAAACUGACUCACAGGUUCCACAGGGAGACCAGCCUCAAAUGAUCAUGGUGCCUGCAUUUGGAGAUAUGGGAGGCCAGCCUCAGGUGAUGCAUGUGCCUCUUGCAUCUGGAGCCAUGCCCACAGUUCCCGUGUCUCAGCGAGUAGAGAUGGCUGAGUCCGCUGGACAUGGAAAGUACAUGACUCUAAACAACGAGCAGGGACAAAUGAUGCAACCAGCCAUGACUUACGGUCAUGGUGGUCCUGUGGCGGUUCAAAUGCAAACACCUGGUGGUCUAGUUGCAAUGGAAACUGACUCCCAGGUUCCCUGUGGUUUAGCUGCGGUGGAAACUGACUCACAGGUUCCACAAGGAGGCCAGCCUCAAAUGUUCAUGGUGCCUGCAUCUGGAGCUAUGGGAGGUCAGCCACAGGUGAUGCAGUUUCCUCCUGUAUCUGAAGCCAUGCCCGCAGCUCCCUUGUAUCAGAGAAUGGAAAUGGCCGAGUCCGCGGGACACGGAAAGUACAUGACUCUAAACAACGAGCAGAAACUGACGUCACUCACUCGGAAACAUGAAAAUGAGAUCAAAUCGUCUGGAAAGUUCAUCUGCAAAUCAAACAUGGCGGAUUAUUCAUCACAGGCGACGACUGUUGGGAGGUUUCUUGCCAUAGCACACCUUUUUCUUGGCUUUAUCCUCGUCUGUUUCGGUAUCGCAGAUUAUGCUACUACUUAUUUUUUUACCGGCUAUAUAUGUUUUGGAAUUUGGAUCGGUAUUUGGAUGGGCGUCACAGGAAUUUUGGGUGUUCUUGGUACUCGCAAGGAGCGAACUACCUCCCGCGAUACAAUUGGCGCUGUCUUUAUGGGUUUUUCCAUCACCUCAGCUGUUUUUGGUGGGAUAAUCAUCAUUUUUUACAGCAUUUCAAUUUCCACGAAUUCAGAUGACUAUUACGGCUAUUAUGGCAGAUCAAGGAAUUCGAGAUAUGAAGGCGAAAUGGCAAUCUCUGGCAUUAUUCUGUUCAUUGGGAUUUUGGAGUUUUUCAUGGGAAUCUGGGCAGCCAUCUGUUGCUGCCUGAUGAAAGUGUGCUCAUGUUGCUACAGUAACCAAUUUCAGCAGGGACAAAUGAUGCAACCAGUAUUGACUUAUGGUCAUGGUGGUCCUGUUGCGGUUCCAAUGCAAGCACCUGGUGGUCUAGUUGCAUCGGAAACUGACUCACAGUUUCCACAGGGCGGCCAGCCUCAAGUGUUCAUGAUGCCUGCAUCUGGAGCUAUCGGAGGUCAGCCACUGGUGAUGCAGAUGCCUCCUGCAGAUGCCUCCAUGCCCACAGCUCCCGUGUCUCAGGGAGUAGAGAUGGCCGAGUCCGCUGGACAUGGAAAGUACAUGGCUCUGAACAACGAGCAGGUGUAGUGGGUGUAGGAUGUGUGAAGAAGUUGGUGGGGUGCACAGAUUAUCGAGAAGGAUAUCAGAAGAGGACAAACACCGUUUCUUCUUACGCUUAGUCUUCAUCAGGGGUGGAUCCAGGAAUACUUUAUAGAGAGAGAAGGAAGGCUUAAACUUUGAUUUAAAAAGAUAGUUGUUUUUGGAUAUAAACUAUUUACAAUCUCUUGCUCAUGCUGAGUAGUACUGUGCAAUCCUGUUAUUGCAAGGAUUCUGGUGUCAAACUCUUAGUUAGAAAAUACCUACAGGUCUGUUGGGAAGGGAUGUUCUAGAGCCCCCCUUUCCCCGUUCCCUUCCUUCCCCCCCCCUGCCCUCAUCCCCCUCUUGGAUCCACCUCUGAGUCUGCUUUUAUUCUUUCAGUUUGUAUAAUGAUAGUUGAUAAUAAAAGAAAAAAAAUGCCCAACGUUAAAACA